UUCAUAUAAUAAUAAAAUCUAAUCGAAGUAAAUAUGAGCUGUUGACAACUUCAAGUCGACCGUAAUAAGAAAUGGUAAAACUAUAGUUCCGUGUUUCAAAUGCCUUAAAUCAUAAAAAUGAUUUUGAAUUGCAGUAUAUCACUACACAUAUGAAGAUGACGGAGAAGGUAAUAGCGUCCCGGUCAUUACUUUGGAGGUACUUUCCAAUUACACACAAACUGACCCUACCCCCCAGUACUCCGAACAACACGAUCUAAUGUUAAACGAAGCUCAAACGAACGAAUCACAAGAUGCUACUUGUAUGCAAUAUAAUGAAAAUACCUAUAACCAAAUGGAGGCAGCUAAAAUAGACAAUGAAAACAAAGACCAAGAAUAUGGCAACAGUUCUAAAGUGAGAACGGAUCUUCUGGAAUAUAUGACAAGGAAUGAUGGGAGUGUAUUAUGCAAGUUGUGUGGGGAAAUCUUACAAAGUAGGACGCAUUGGUACAGGCAUAAAUACAAAGCACAUGCUAUGCCACCGCUGAAUCCGGCGCCGCUGUUUCAGUGUGAACAGUGUCUUGUAUUCUUCAAGAGUAGGAAAGGCUACAUCGGUCACCUAGCCAGCAGACAUAGUGAAGUUCUAGCUGAUUCAAGUCCGGUUUUGACUAACUCACAAGCAGAAGCACUCGCGAAACAAGCACAAACGCAAACGGAGAUGCGAGACGAUACGGAUCCAGAGCUGGCUAUACCAAAGACGAGUGUGCCCAAUUAUCAGUCCAUAGUUAAACAAGCGACAAGGACAUUAGAGACAAAACGACAUUAUAGGAAUACUAAAGAUCAGGAGAAUCAAGCAGAUUGGGAAGAGCGACGUACACGUGAGGAAAAACUUGUCGCCGAUAUUAUAGACCGUGUGCGGAGGGAAUGCGAGGCGCAGGGCUCCGGAGGGCCAACGCGGCGUGGUUACUCACGACGCACCACCGUCAUGCACACGUAACAUCCACAAGGCGACAUGUCAAUGAUAUAACGUAAACUUAAAAGUUCCUCUGAAUUGUCUACACAAAAUCUUUUUGGCCUAACAAGGCCGGUAAUGCUCAUCGUUCGUGCCAAAUCUUUUUUGUAUAUUUACGUGCCAUUUCAGUGAAAUAAGGUGCCAAAUAAAACAUUUUUAUUGUAUAAUCUACAUAUUAUGUGCAUAAGAAAUUGUAAAUAGUUAUUUAUACAUUACUGUUAAUUAGCGAUAUUUGACGUUCUCAAUACUUUUUUAAAAGUGUCGUUCCGUUAUAUUGGUGAAAAAUUUUGAUGAUAUUUUACGCUUACGUUCCUUUAAGAUGUUAUUGUUUUAUUUAUUUAUUUUUAUAUUUCAAUUAUACAUUAGUUAAAUUUUGCUAUAAUGUGGUGAAAACAAAAUUUUACCAAGCUCCAGACACUAUUUAAUUAAAUGUUUUGAGCUAAGUGUUAUACUUAAGUACACAAAAACAACUAUUUCAGACAGAUUGAUUUUUCCAGCAGAUAGUGCUGUAGUGUAAAUCACAAUGACUAAAUACUUUUUUUUUUGUUAUUUGUAAGUAUCUAUUGUCUUUUAAGCGCAAUAUAAACUUUUAACUCUAGUCUAUAACACAAUUUGUUUCUUGUUGGUUAAUAAGAAAUAUUUUUAGUUCUAAACAUAAUUUUUAAAAUGUACUUUAAGCCCUUCCAUAAUUCAUUAAAUCUGUGUGCCAAUGACGUGUCAUGAUAGAAUCGUGGUAGUGUAGUUUUAUGUUUUUUUUUUACUUUUAUAUUUUUAACUUAGUUUUAAAACGAAAUCAUAUAUAUUUUGUUUUAGUCGUCUUAAAACAAGAACAUUUUACUCCUUUUUAUCUGCAAUAUCAUACGGUCACUGCUAAUUUUCUCUAACAGUUACUGUCGUUGAAAAAAAAUAUAUAAUAUCUAAUUGAUUAGUGCGAAUGCGAGAAAGUGUAUGUAUUUUUAUGGAUUUGCGGUAUUUUGAAUCCAUUAUAAUCAAUAGUUAUUUUAUAAAAGAAUAAAUAAACAUGAACGCGCAAAAUUUUAAAUCUAUGACAAACAAAUUAGAAUUAUA